CACACUUACACACGUUGGUCUGGAGUACUUCCUCCGUUUCUGUAAAAUGUAAGCUCACCAGGGCAUAUUUUUAACCCUUCAUCUACUGUACUAUUCCAUUAUAUACUGUACUAAUCUUAAGUCUAGCAUUGGGCCUACAGAACACAGCACAAACUAAACUGGCUGUUGAACACCUGGGCGACGCCAACUUUGCACUAGGUCUUGGUGGUGCUGUGAAUCAAACUCAGGGCCUUAUGUGUGCCAGAGAAGCGCUCUACCACUCAGCCACAUCCCUAGCCUGUGCUGGUUCUUGGUAUCACACCGUCUCGCAAGAGCUUCUACCAAGAUUGGUGAGCAGAGGUUCGGGGCGUAACCCUGAGUCCCCGCCCCCAGCCCCAGGGAUGGGGCGGGGCCCAAGGACGCCGCAACCCGCGCAAUGCCAAGACCUGCGGUCCGGCUGCUUUGGCUGGGACGGCUCCAGUACGCCGAACUGCUGGCGCUGCAGGAGCGCUGGCUGCGGCGGAUGCAGGCCGAACCUGGAACUGAGGCCUCGCUGGGGACCGAGGCAGGCGCGCUCCUGCUCUGCGAACCCGCGGGACCCGUGUACACAGCUGGGCUGCGCGGCGGCCUGACGCCCGAAGACACUGCACGGCUACGGGCCUUGGGCGCAGAGGUGCGCGCCACAGGCCGAGGCGGCCUGGCCACUUUCCAUGGCCCGGGCCAGCUGCUCUGUCACCCCGUGCUCGACUUGCGGCACCUCGGCCUGCGCCUGCGCACCCACGUGGCGGCGCUGGAGGCGUGCGCGGUGCGCCUGUGCGAGCUCCUAGGCCUGCGGGGCGUGCGCGCGCGGCCCCCGCCCUAUACCGGCGUCUGGCAGGGCGAGUGCAAGAUCUGUGCGAUCGGAGUCCGCUGUGGAAGGCACAUCACAUCCCAUGGCCUGGCUCUGAACUGCUGCACGGAUCUCACAUGCAGAGAAUCCUGCAGUUCUUCUCUCGCCUUGAUUUCUGUUGCUAUGGAGACUACCAACAGGACUGAGACCUGGUAUGAGAGCCUGCAUGCUGUGCUAAAGGCUCUAAAUGCCACACUUCACAACAACUUGCUCUGCCGGCCAGGACCACAGCUAGGGCCAGGGCCAGACAACCAGACUGAGGAGCGGCGGGCCAGCCUCCCUGGCCGUGAUGACAACUCCUACAUGUAUAUUCUCUUUGUCAUGUUCCUGUUUGCUGUCACCGUGGGCAGCCUCAUCCUGGGAUACACUCGCUCCCGAAAAGUGGACAAGCGUAGUGACCCUUAUCAUGUGUAUAUCAAGAACCGUGUGUCUAUGAUCUGAUGCAAGGUGGUCAGGGAUGGUAGAAGGUCAAGACAUUUGAAGAUUGUCAGCUGGGGCUUCCAGAACUCUGCUAUGGAUCACGUCAGACCUCAGGUUCUCUAGAAUCAACAAGAAACAGUGCUAAGGAAGGUCAUCAUUUGUGUCGGGGAGGAGGCACUGGCAGACCUGGACCUUGUGGAUAAGGCUUUUUACAGGCAAACACAAACUUUAUAAACUGUGAGAGCCCAUGAACAAACAUACAGAAGUAUGAAAAGAUAAUGACUAAUGACUGGUCUAGUGUCUAUGGUACUGGUAGUUGGGAGUUGAAGCAAGAGGAAGUAGUAGCAGAGGGAAAUAAAACAGGAAGAUGCUCUGGGGACACUUUUUUUUUAACUUCAGCAAUCAUGAGAUUAUCCUGUAUCACAGAUAGGAAAUCUGAAUAAUGUUAUUUAUUUAUAUUAAUUCACAUUUUAUAUUUUAAGAACUUAUUUCACAAUUGUGAUUUUUUAGCUUCCCUGCAAAGAAAGUAGGGCAAGUGCCAUGGGGACCCUUUGGGCCAGGUUGGUGCCAUGAUUGGAACUCAAGAGCUCUGGUCUCCUUGCCUUAAGCUUUUCAGAACUCAGUUCCACAUGGGUAUGAAUCCAGACCUGAAGCCUACACAAUUCUACGGAUUUUUUUAAAGAAAAAAACUCAUGAUUAUCUUGCUUUUUCAAAUAUUACAAAAAUGUAUCACCAUUUAAAAUGUGGCUAGGGCCCUUCCUAGGAGCUUAAGGAACCCAAUCAAUGCAGGGCCCUGAAUGUUAGGUCUUAUUAACUCCAUGGCCGAUGUAUCUGUUGAGCCAUGUCACGGUGCCCUUCCCAGCCGCAUGUGCAGUCAUGAGGUUUUCCCUACUUCCAAAGCAGCUUUUUCUACUUUGACUGAAUUCUGUGAGAAGUUGAAAUCUGCUUUGAGAAGAUGAUUAUCAUAUGUAGUUAAUUUUCACAUUAAAAGGUGCAGACUGUGACAGGCAAGGUACGUGGUUCAGUAGGAGAAGCAGCCCUGACUCUGGUACUAAUGUGGUGCCUAACCUCAGGCAGGACACUUCUCUCUGGUCCUUUUUCUUAUUUACACAAUGAAAUAGUCAGACUUGAAAGUCUUUGAGGGAGUCUUCUACCAGUUCUGAUAUUCAUAUACAUUAGUUGGAACCAUAUAAAAUCACUUUGUUUGUAGGUCAAAGAUAACAGAAUAGUUUCACAUGGUUCAACCUAGUUCAUCAAAUGUGGGAAUGAAUUCUUUACAAAUCAUUUCUCAAAAUCCCAGACUGGAAUCACCCACUGUUUUGUUUGUCUGAUUUCAUUUUAAGAGAUCUCUAUGCUGUCCCCAGCAAGCCCCAUUGUAACAUACAUAUUUGUAUAUAGCAAAACUCUGAAAAUAUUUUUAUAGCAGUUAUCUCUGUGGAACAGGGUUAUGUGUGACUUUUCCCUUUCUACUUUAUAUGUGUGUGUAACAUUUGACUUACCUGACUGUAAGUAUUUGACUUGUAUAAUGGGGUGAAGCUACUUCCAUUCUGAAAAAAAAUAAAGAUAAACAUCGCUGUGUUUCUGGA